AUGAACCCCAACGCUCCAAGCUUCGGUGGCUUCAACCCCAACGCAUCGGGCUUCGUCCCCGGUGGUAAGGGGCAACAGCAGGGCCAGCAGCAGGGUGGUAACCCAUACGGUCAGCAGGGUGGAUACUACCAGCAGGGUUUCGGUGGUCAGCAGCAGCAGCAGCAGCAGCAGCAGGGAUUCAACGGCGGCUACGCUAACCAGCAGUACCAGCAAUAUCAAUCAUACGGACAGCAGAGCGGUUAUGCGCAGCAGGGCUUCAAUCAGCAGGGUUUCAACCAGCAAGGCUUCUCCAACCAGUAUUCUCAGCAGGGUUUCAGCGGUCUGCCACCUCGUCCAGCUGCAUCAGGAUCCAGCCAGCCUCCUGCACGGGCACCCGCUGCCGCUUCUUCCGCCGACGCUGCUCCUCGCAAGCCCGUCAGUAUCUCCAUUGGCGGCGGUGCCAAAGCUGCCGCCGAUGCCGCCCCACGAAAGCCAGUAAGCAUCUCGAUCGGUGGUGGCGCUAAGCCUGCUGCAUCUGCUGCACCUGCUGCCGCCGACAAGAGCGAUGCUCCUCGCAAGUCUGUCAGCAUCUCGAUCGGUGGCGCUAGCGCUGCGAAGAAGCCUGAGGUCGAGAAGGCCGCCCCCGCCGGUGCAUCUGCUGAGGCUCCAGCACAACCUGCCGCUGUUGCAGCUGUCAAGGCUUCUGAGCCCUCUUCCACCGCUGUUUCUGCACCCUCCUCCCGCGCUGAGUCGCCAGCCGCUGCCGCGGAGGCCAAGGUCGCUUCGCUCUCGGGCAAGGCUGUUGCUACUGAACGCGCCAGCACCAACGCCGACCAGAUUCUCGCCGAAGCCUCCAAAGUCACUGACGAAGAGACACUUAAGGAUCUCUUCGGUGACAAGAGCGAGGAUCUCAAGUCGCACUUGAACAUCGUUUUCAUUGGACAUGUCGAUGCGGGCAAGUCCACGAUGGGUGGUAACUUGCUCUACCUCACUGGCAUGGUUGACAAGCGUACACUGGAAAAGUACGAGCGAGAAGCCAAGGAGGCUGGACGAGAGUCGUGGUACCUCUCGUGGGCGCUCGACUCGACAGCACAGGAGCGUGAGAAGGGUAAGACUGUCGAAGUUGGUCGUGCCUACUUCGAGACGGGCAAGCGUCGUUACACUAUCCUCGACGCUCCAGGACACAAGUCGUUUGUUCCGAGCAUGAUCAGUGGUGCUGCUCAGGCUGAUAUCGCCGUGCUUGUCAUCUCGGCACGAAAGGGAGAGUUUGAAACUGGUUUCGAGCGUGGAGGACAGACUCGAGAGCACGCGGUGCUUGUCAAGACUGCUGGUGUUCAGCGUCUGAUCGUUGUGGUUAACAAGAUGGACGAGUCGACAGUGCAGUGGCAGAAGGAGCGUUACGACGAGAUCGAGGGCAAGCUUACACCAUUCUUGCGAUCGGCUGGUUUCAACCCCAAAACCGACAUCACCUACAUCCCCGUCUCGGCUUUCGCCGGUCAGAAUCUCAAGGAACGUGUUCCCAAGAGCGUUUGCGACUGGUACGAUGGACCCGCACUUCUCGAGUACCUCGACAACCUCAAGCUUGGUGAUCGCAAGAUCUCGGCACCGCUCAAGAUGCCGAUCUCGGAAAAGUACAACGAUAUGGGAACCAUCGUGGUCGGUAAGCUGGAAGCGGGUAAGAUCAAAAAGGGAGACACCUUGCUUCUCAUGCCCAACAAGGUAUCGGUGGAGGCUGUGGCCAUCUUCAACGAGCAGGAAGAGGAAGUGCCAGCUGCUAUCUCGGGUGACAACGUUCGUGUCAAGUUGAAGGGUGUCGACCACGAAGAGGUUAGUGUUGGUCACGUCCUUUCGGACCCACAGAACCCCGUUCACGUUGCCACGCACUUUGAGGCGCAGCUGGCUAUCUUGGAACACCGCAACAUUAUCUGUGCUGGUUACAGCGCUGUUGUUCACUGCCACACUGUUUCGCAGGAGGCCAACUUGGCAGCCUUGUUGCACUACUACGACAAGAAGACGGGCAAGAAGAGUCGACGUGGACCUCAGUUCGCCAAGAAGGGUAUGAAGAUCAUUGCGCUGGUCGAGUUGGCUGGACCGAUCUGUGUCGAGAGGUUCAAGGAUUAUCCUCAGUUGGGUCGAUUCACACUUCGUGAUGAGGGACGUACAGUGGCUAUCGGUAAAGUGACCAAGUUGAUCACUUCAGCUGAUAAGUUGCCAGAUGUUGCUAAGCUCAGUGUGAGUGAUGCUGCUUCUGCCGCUGCUGCCAACUAA